AUGACUGGAUCUGGAUCGUUGAGGCUUGGAGCGAUGACCUGUGGGUUGGUUGAUGUUGAACCAGUUGGUUUGAUCACUUGCGCUACAACUGGUUUGACUGGUGCAGCAGGUUUUGGAGUUGGUACCAAAGAUUGGACACUGGUGCUUGAUGUAGCGUUGCUGGGGUUGUGGGUGGUGGUGGAUACAUGUAUGGGUUAUAAAAAGGAGGAUAUUGCCAGUUUGGUUGAUGAGGGUCUGGGGGGAGUGAUGGUGUUUGGCAAGACUGUUUUGGACCGAGGUGGUGGUGACAAAGGUGUAGUGUUGUUUACGGAGUUUGGAAUGGCUGUUUGA